AUGGGUGCUUAUACAUAUAAACCAGUCUCCAAAUCCGAGAUCCGCCUUGUCACAUUCAAGACAGGCGGACCAGACGGACAACAGCUCGAAGCCAGCAUCAAGAACGUAACACUCGAUCCAGAAAACCCCACCACCUACACGGCGUUAUCUUAUUGUUGGGGAAAUGCGGUUGACAGAAUCGAGGUCCCCUGCGAUGGAGAGAUGCUCAGCAUCACGAAAUCCCUCCACGAAGCGCUGGUCGAAAUCACAAAGUCUCGUCAGAAUGAGCCUUUGUGGAUUGAUCAAAUCUGCAUCAACCAAGAGGAUAUCGCUGAAAAGUCCGAGCAAGUCUCCAAGAUGAAUGAGAUUUAUGACAAAGCAGAAACGGUCAUCGCUUGGUUAGGCCCAGCAGUACAUAACACCGAACUGGCCAUCGACUUUGUCAAAAAGGUUGGCGAUGUAGCACUUCCCACAGCAACAAACAUGUUUCGCUGGGACAGUUAUGGCGAGAAACACGAGGAGACCAAGCUUGAGCGCACCGAGGCACUAACCGCUGAACAAUCUCGAGAACUGGGCAUCCCUUUCGACGACACUGAGUCUUGGACUGCUUUCACCGAUUUUUUUGACAGACCCUGGUACCAGCGCAUGUGGACAGUUCAAGAGAUAAUCCAAGCUCGCAAAGCAAUCGUGCUUUGUGGACCGCACAGUAUCCCUUGGGAGCAUGUCAGCGCUGCUGCGAGAUGGUACUGCUACAAGGCUGGUGCCAUUCAUCAGGAUCACCAACGAGAGGUACACGGUGCAAGUCUGGCGGGACAAAUGUCGACUAUUGCGUGGCGUAUGAGAGAAGGCAGUGAGUAUUAUCCCAGUCUUUUUAAUCGAUCUGCACACCCGACGUGUAAAUGGGGCUUGCGCGAUCUUCUCGAAAAUCUACGACCUCGUCUCGCGACAGAUCCUAGAGACAAGGUAUUUGCGCUGUUGGGCAUCAGCGACGUUGAUCGUGGAUACUGGGGCAAUAAAGGCAUGGCAGUCGAUUACUCCAUGUCACUUGUGGAUGUCUUUACGCAAGCGACCGACGAAAUUAUCAAAUCAGACCCUAGGUCAGACCUCAAUGUCAUUUGGUCCGCGCGACAGAGGAACGAUGAGGCUGAAUGGCCGAGUUGGGUUCCUGACUGGAGACUUGACACAGGAACAGGAUGCGCAUGGGGUAUCGGUGCACCCUUCAAAACGGAAGGCAACCCGAAUGGGGAGCAUGUUUAUAUCCCUACAGCAGAGCCUCGCUCGUUGGCUGUGAAAGGUAAAGUUAUUGGUCGAGUGACGUACAAGAACCAGUAUCGACAUUUUGGUGAACUCUUCCAAGAGAGCCAUCUUCGGGAAGUAUACAACGCCUGUAUGGAACGGUUAUCCGCUUAUCCAACGGGCGAAGACGUUGAGACGGCGUUCGGACUCACCUUGAUCGGCGGCCUCCCGUUUCCCGCAGGUCUAAAGAAAAAGGACACAUCGUUGGAAACAUACACAGCAAAGUACAUGCAAUUCUACGACAAUACGCAAAUGCCAAUGGGAACCCCCGAAGAAAAAGAAAAGCGUGAUGAAGCGCUUGCAGAGACAUAUAAAGUCGGUCUAGACAUGACGUGGUUGCAAGAAGUUUUGGGUGCGUAUUGCGAGCGACGAUUUAUUGUUACCGACAGUGGACACAUGGGGCUUGCGCAUCACGAAGUCUUGGAAGGGGACAUUAUUGCCGUGGUGAUGGGUCUUCAAUGGCCGUGCGUUUUGAGACCCAACAGCGACAGGCACGACGAUGGGUACGAGUUUGUUGGGGACGCGUAUUGUCACGGUGUGAUGAAUGGAGAGGCCAUGGAGGACAUCAUCAGUGGAAACGACCAAGGGCAGGUCUUCACUCUAAAGUAG